AUGAAGUAUGUUAAAAUGGCUGAUAUUUUUGGAGUAUAAUUGAAAUAAGAAAUACAUUAAAAUGAAAAGCUUUAAAAAUCAGUUUUUGGAGGAGUGUUAUCAAUUAUUGUAACUUCUGUUAGUCUUGGGUACUUUAUUUAUAUAAUGGAUUAAUGGAGGAAUUCUAACAUCCUACCAAAAUCAACAAAUAUCAUAAAGGCAGAAAACUAUUCAUCAAUAUAAUUCAAUAAUGAGAACCUAUUCGAAUUCUGUUAUUGGAAGUACUAAGAGGGUGUAAUUGAUCCGUUCAGAACUAUUGAUAAUAUUUUAAUGCCAAUAGGAAUGUAUAUUAUUAAUGGCAUUCCCUAAGAACCAUUUUCUAUGUUAAGUAAUAUAACUACUUUAUCAGCAUAUAAUAGUAAAUUAAUUUUUGUAGAGAACUUGAGUAUUAUAUAAAAUAGCGGAUUCAACCCUUAAUUAAACUAAACUAAAGAAUUGCUCAUUAUUAUUACAAAAUGUAAAUAAUACCUACUCUCUGAAAAUUAAACAUGCGCUAGCGAUAUUGAAAUCGAAAACUUUUUUAUUUAAUAAACUAAUAUGUUAAGCUUUUGGAUUAAUACUAAGUAUUUUAAUUCAAAAAGUUAGAUCUUCGAUGUAGUCAAAAAGUAAUACUACAUUUCAUUUGAGAAAGAAAGAGCACAAUAAAUAUAAAUAAUCUUAAAAUAAUAAAAAACAAGAAUUGAUUCAGGAAUAUUAUUUGGAAAUUAUGAAGAAAAUGAUUUUGUAUUUGAUGCUCAAUUUUUAAUGACUACAUUAUCGAUCGACUUUUUUAAGAGAAUGAUAAACAUGGAUGCAUAUUUAACAUUUACUAUACGAUUAGACCCUUUCUCUUAUGAUACAUAAGUUGUUUAUCCUAAAUUAGGCGAAAUUUUAGCUUAAGUAGGAUCAAUUGUUAGUAUGAUAAUGAUAGUAUAGUAUGCAGCAUAUUUUUACAAUGAAUAUCUUUUAUAAAACACACUUGUAGAAGCUGUUUUAAAAAGUCUUGUUCUAAAUUACGACUCUCUCAAAAAUUCACAAGAAAAAUCUAAAAAAAUUACAUAUAAUAAUAUACAAAAAAUAGCAAAGUAAAAACUACUUUUUAUAAACAUAAUAAAUGAACUUUCGAGAAUUGAAUUAUUUUUAUUGAGUCUUUAUGACAGUAUCUAAAUUAGUAAAAUCUCAUAGUUAAAAUUUCAGAUAGCUAAUGAACCUAAGUCAGAAUCAUUUGAAGGAGUAUUCUCUAUGCUAUCUAAUAAAAGUUUAAAUAUAAUAAAUGAGGAAGAAUUUAAAGAUUUGUUCAAUGCAUUUAUAUUUAACCCAUUAGAAGCAAAGAAAAUCAUGAUUCUAGAAAAUAUUUAAUGA